CUGUUCACUAACCUUCCCUAUAAAUAUCAAACCCCCUUCCCAACGUCCCCUCGGUUACCCUCCGCCAAUUUCAAAUUCGAAUCUAGAAGCAUCUUCUUCUGCGUCUUCGUCCAGGUCAAAAUGGCGCGUACCAAGCAAACCGCUCGCAAAUCCACUGGAGGCAAAGCUCCCAGGAAGCAACUCGCUACGAAGGCUGCAAGAAAGUCGGCACCAACCACUGGAGGAGUCAAGAAACCUCACCGCUAUCGCCCUGGAACUGUUGCACUUCAUGAAAUUCGAAAGUACCAGAAAAGCACUGAACUCUUGAUCCGCAAGCUGCCCUUCCAGCGCCUUGUUCGGGAAAUUGCACAAGACUUCAAGACGGAUUUGAGGUUUCAGAGCCAUGCAGUUCUUGCACUUCAAGAGGCUGCAGAGGCCUACCUUGUUGGUUUAUUUGAGGAUACAAAUCUCUGUGCUAUCCAUGCCAGGCGGGUGACUAUCAUGCCCAAAGACAUCCAGCUUGCCAGGAGAAUCCGUGGUGAAAGGGCCUAGAUGAUGAUGUUUUUUCAUUUAGGUUCUUGUGUUGUUUGUUGGUUUAGGUGAUUUCUGAUGUACCAUGGUAUUCUAAUCUGAACACUGAUUUUCUUCCAGAGAAACUAAGACACCUUAACAUCUCACGUGUUUGCUAGGACAACAACUAUGACCUCUCCAUUGUAUUCUUUUAUCAUUUUAUCAAAUGUUGUUGUUCAGCGAUUUUAAUCAUAGAUAUCUAAUCUAGCUGUGUUAAGCUGUGGCUUGUCCUCUAAUCUCCUCUAUUCUUUUUA